AUGGCUCAGUAUAACUGUUCCUCUCUGGGUCUACCUGCCACCACUCCUGACCAGCUGGGUUGGAAUUUGUCCUGGGCCCUGGGCAACAUCAGUGCUGAUGACAUGGAGGACAUGUGCCUGAGUCGGAGUCAGUACCUGGAGAAGUUUCUAGGCUUCCGGCGGUCACCCAUGUUCCUGCCUGUCUGCAUUACCUUCCUCAUCAUCUUCAUUGUGGGAUUGUUUGGGAACAUGCUCACCUGCAGCGUCAUCGUGCGCAACAAGGUGAUGCGGACGCCAACCAACUACUACCUGUUCAGUCUGGCCGUGUCCGACUUAUUGGUCCUAGUCCUGGGUAUGCCAUUGGAACUCUAUGAGAUGUGGAGCAACUACCCAUUCCUGUUCGGUUCUGGCGGCUGCUACUUCAAGACCUUCCUGUUCGAGACUGUCUGCUUUGCGUCCAUCCUCAUUAUAACAGUGCUGAGCGUGGAGCGAUACAUCGCCGUGAUACACCCGCUCAAGGUCAAGCACGUCGCCACUCGUGCCCACGCCAAGCACGUCAUCCUGAUGCUGUGGGCCAUGUCCAUGGCGUGCGCCGUGCCCAACACCAGCCUCCAUGGGGUGGCCGUGCUAGGAACCCGGUUCGGGCGCCAAUUCCCAGAGUCGACCAUUUGCAUGAUGGUGAAGCCCCGGUGGAUAUACAACCUGAUUAUCCAGGUGACCACGCUGGUCUUCUUCCUGCUGCCCAUGCUCAUCAUCACCGGGCUGUACCUUCGCAUUGGCCUGCAGUUGAGGAUGGAGAGGGGCAUGCAGGGGCUGGGGACCGGGCCGAGUUUUGGUUCUGACAGACACUGGAGUGUCCACAGGCAGCAGCAGACGGCACGCCACCGACAGGUCACCAAAAUGCUAUGCGUACUGGUGAUCGUCUUCGGCAUCUGCUGGGCUCCCUUCCACAUUGACCGCCUCAUGUGGAGCUUCAUAAACUCCUGGACUGGCCACCACCACCUGGUCUUUGAGUACGUCCACAUAGUCUCCGGGGUCUUCUUCUACCUCAGCUCGGUGGUCAACCCCAUCCUCUACAGCCUCAUGUCCACCCGCUUCCGGGAGAUGUUCCGGCAGGUCACGUGUCGCUACGGCCCAUGUGGGGGUCACGUGCGCAGGCUGACCUCCGGCUGCACCCAACUGACCCUGCGUAGUACUGCCGCAACACAAUGGGACCCCAGAGAGGAUCACCCCAGACAGAGAGGAGCGCCACGUGUACGUAGACUCCAACCACCAGCCUGUAUAUGCCAACACAAGCCCGGAUUAGAUAUGGGUGAGGGGGUGGGGGUACCAAAACGAGGCUCAAAAAAAGAACCAGGAUUUGGUACCAAAAUGACCGUAUUUGUGACUGAAUGAACGUGUACGGUGAAAGUUUGGAUGGAGCGAAAGCAACUGCGUUGACGUUUUGGCCUCGACUUUGGUGUAGAAUUCUCACCGGGGAUACCAACAUGAAACAAGAUUAAUAACAAAUGUAUCACUGAUUGAAUGUGUACAGUGAGAGUGGCUAGAGCGAAAGUUGUCCUUGUUCUUCGUUCGGAUAUUAAUAUUCCGGUGGAACACAUCAUUCAUAAAGCUUAUCUAAUAAUUGAACUGUGAAAAAGAAACAGUACCCAGCUUUGUAAAUUCGCUUAUUGAUGUGUAAUCCGUGAAGCUUGAAUAUCUUAUUCUGUUCAAAUGUUUCAGGAGGCACAAUUAUAGGUUGUAGCGGUCUUCUUAACUGUCUUCUUCAAUGUGUUGUUGUACCGUUUCGGUGUACUAGCUAUACCAUCAAAAUCCCACUCACUAUGAAUGUAUAGCACAGACAAUAUGGAAGUACAGUACAUGGGAGAUGGAAAAGACGAAAAUGUGACAUGCGAUUUACGCAUAACAUCCUUAAAGAAAUGGAAAAAGGGGGGGAAUUUCCAUCGACAGUAAGUGAACACAUGUGCUAAACACAUGCUAUGUGCCUUUGUAGUACUACUCCAAAAUGUAUAGUAUUUAGCUUCAAGUGCUUUCUGGAAACUGCCAUCUUUUGUUCCUGUGUAAACUGAUUUAGAAUUCAACAUUUUUACAACGACAACAGUUUCCAGCAUCACCUACAUUUUCAUUGCUAAACAACAUGUAUCAUAUUUAGGAAUUAUUUGCAUGCUCCCAUUGAGUCUCAAAUGUUUUGGAAUGGUCUUCAGUAUAAAGAGACAUGGUUGAGAUACCUGUCAUGUUGUCAUGUGGUUUUAGUAAGGGCUUGAUUGUUUACAGAAUAAUAAUUACAUUGCUUUUAAGAAGCCUAUUGUAAAGCAUGCACAUUAAACAGUGCUUUAGGUGUCACUACAGGCACCCUGGUUCGAAUCCAGGCUGUAUCACAACCGGCUGUGAUUGGGAG